AAUGCCUGAUUACGGGUUUUAUACGUUAGUGCGGGUGGUACUACCACUCUCAUUAAUAUUUGCUUCCCUAUCGCGGCCUGUCGCAAUAUCGAUGAUAUAUCUAAUAUUGUUUUUGGUUUCACCUUGGCUGUCCAAACGAAGGGCAUUCAAAAUAUUUCUGGCUUUUGCUUUUUCACUGAGUGCAUUAUUAGCCAUAGGCCAUCUUGCUGUAAACCUUAUACAUUUCAUGUUGGUUUACGUUAAAAUAAAACCAUCAGUAUCGAUGAUCUUACGUCAAGUUGGGUUUGUGAAUUUUAUGGGAGUACGCGUACAGGUCUAUCUGGAUAGCUGUUCAAUAUGGGUGCGCAUUAUGGGACUCGAACCAAUUAUGAUCCUUUUUCAACAAAAUUGGAAUGGAAUGAUAUUUAAGCUAAAUGAUCAAUUAAGUGUAGAUUCAUAUCUUAGUCCUGUUGCAUUGAUGGCAUCCUAUUUUAUCAUAACGCUUAAUAUUAAACAAAAUGCCCGCUACAUGAUUUUCACAACAAUACAAUUGAAAGUGAUUCCAAAACCCGAUGAACAAUCACAAAUUACUCAAGAAUCUUUACAACAAACUCUGGAUACUGAAGAGCCAUCAUUACUGGAGCAAUUUUUUUAUAUGAUUUGUGAUGUAACAACAUUCAUAUAUAAAAAUUGCUAUAUACUGCUCAACAUCAUUAUGAUGAUCUGGUCUAUAGUUUAUCAUAGCUGGUUAACUUUCGUGUUGCUUAUUUGGGCAAAUAUCUUGUGGAUGAUACCCAACCAGCGUCGAUCAAUGAUGCGUACGAGUUUCUUUGUUGUGAUGUACGCUGAGUUUCUCCUUAUUGCACAGUAUAUUUAUGGAAUGAAUUUAAGUAAGACGGAGCUCCCCACCAAGAUAUACGGAUUAAAUCUUGCACAAAUUGGAUUUGUCCAUCCAAUGGAUAGCGGCGUGCAACCCUGCAUUCCAUUAUUUAUUAAGACUGCAUUUCUUUGUAUAUUCUGGAUAACUUCGCACCAAUAUUUCAAAGAGAAAGCUGAUGACAAAAAAGAUAUACUAUCUCAGAUUUUUAGUCCAAAACAUUCACGAUCUGAACAACCAUUGUUUGAGAAGUCAAGGACACCUCGUGCAAUUUUAUUUGUUUUCGAAAGUGUUUCAAAUUUUGUCACCCGUAUCUGGAUGUGGAUGCUGAUCUUUUUAAUAUUUCUCUGUGCUAUGCUUGAUCAAGUCAUGACUGGAUUUCGAAUUUGUUAUAUGUCACUGUUCCUUCUAUUUCUAAUGGUUUUUCAUAUGUCAUUGCACCUCUGGAUAAAGUUUUUGUUCGGCUAUUGGAUGUUUGUUAUAUUCUAUGCGAUGACUAUAUUAACAAUUAUAUACACUUACCAAUUCGACUACUUUGACCAUUAUUGGGAGGAGUAUUUCCAUGUUCAUCCCAAGUUGCAAAAUGAUAUUGGGUUGCGGCGCUACCAAACUAAAGAUCUAUGUCUACAUUUGCUUGUACCGACAUUAACAGUAAUUUUCACGGUCGUUCAACUUCAUUAUUUUCAUCGGCGCUUUAUGCAAUCCGUUCGUGAACCAUUUUCAAACGAAAGACAUAAAGUCUCUCAAGUGCAAUUUAAUAACAAUCCACACAAAUCCAAUAUACGCAAAAAGUCAUGGAAAUCAAUAUUGUCUAUAUCGUAUAGGAAAUUACGUUCCAAAAUUAAACGAUGGUUUCGACCUAGCAAAGAAGUGGCUUGGCGAUUUCUUGAAAUCCACAUGAUUAAGGCGGUCAUAUUGACGACCUUUACUUGUGCUAUUUCAGAGAUUUGCUGCUUUAACCUUCUGCUUCUUCUAUCCUCGUUGUUGAGUGUUUGUGUAAAUCGCCUUAUACGACGUGUAAUUUUUCGAAUAGUGACGUUUUGGGUUUCCGUUUUAAUACUGAUGAAAAUGAUCUAUCAAAUAGACUAUUUGGACAAAACAACCUACGAUUAUACAUGUAGAAACAAUACAGUCAACUUUGCCGAUUGGAUGGGUCUUCGCAAAGCUGAUCAGCGUUUUGGUGCAUUAUUACGCUACAUAGCACCAUACCUUGUAUACAUGAUCGUCUCCACAUUGCAUGCUGUAGUAAAGCUACGCGAUCAUUUAAUACGAAUGCCAAUGGGUAGCAGACGAAACCCGAACAUUCUCUUUCCUCAUACAAAUCGUCAGGAUGCGGAACGGAAUUUUCCCGAGCUCUUAAAAUAUCUGUUUAAUUAUGGAUUCUUCAAGUUUGGUUUGGAAAUCACCCUUAUUGCACUGGCUUCAACAAUUGUCCAUAGACGUGAUUUACUCGCACUGACAUAUUUAGUCUGGCUAAUACUGUUACUCUGUCUGAGUAGAAUGCAGAGUGCACGCAUAUGGUAUAUUAUCCAACUAUAUUUUGUACUUUCAAUAUUGGUACAAUACGUGUAUAUUAUACAUUUUCCACCAAAUCUAUGCCGUAUUAUUCCCUUGAGGUCGCAUCAAAUCCCGGAAAAUAAAGCUGUUGAGAAACUUAUAGGUGAUUCAGUUAAGUCCAAACUCAUGCUAGAUUUUAUUGUGCUCCUACUUAUAUCGCGUCAACGAAGCGCAUUUCAAGCAGAUUUAAGUCAAACGAAAAACUACACAUACCCCGGUGGUGAUAACAGGAAUAUUGUGAACAAUAUUGCUAAGCUCGGCCUUGUUUACUUCAAAAAUCCUACGCAUGACUUUUGUUCCUUUGUGCGUAACUAUUCCGAUGUUUUCAAAAUAUUAAUUUUCUGUAACGCUCUCUGGGUUACACUGGCAAUUGUAUUUAUGGGUGGCGUAUGCAGUAUGGAUAUGUUAUCAUUGGGGUAUCUGAUAUUCGCUUUAGUAUUUCUGCUACAAGGAUCGGAAGUAUAUCUGCAAAAUAUUCAUUACAUCAUAUGUCGCUGGAAUUUUCUUAUAGCGCUUAAUGUGUUCAACAUAAUUAUCAAAACAAGCAUUAUUGUAUUCGGAAAUAUGCUGAACGUAAAGGAUAAACAAGAUUAUCAGAGUUUGUUCGCAGUUAUGGAAUAUGACCAAACUUUGAGCCAUCGUGAAACAUAUAAGCUAUCCGAAAGGUCGGGUAACUACAACUAUGGACCUAAUAGCCUGAUCUUCAAUAACACCCUCAUCUGGCAUGCAAUUAUUUUUGCUUUCAUCAUCUUUCAGCAUCGUAUAUUUCGAUCAUAUUAUUUUUGCCACAUUAUAAUGGAUACUCAAGCUAACACAAUUCUAGCGUCGCGUGGGGCUAUUGUUAUUGAGAACUUGCACUAUAAACAAAUUUAUGAUCGCAGAGAGUCGGAAAAGAGCGUACUUGCAGGCGUAAAAGCAAAAAUGGAACGAAUCAGGAUUGCCAAUAGGAACAACUACAAAAAGGAACAUGAGGUUACACCGAGUUCGCCAACCAGUUCGCCAACCAGUUCGAGAUCGGAGGAUAGUUUACAUUCAAAAAGCUCAAAAUUAAAAAAUAUAAAUUUGACACGUGCGACACCAUCGAAAAAGCGGAACUUAAAACUUCAUCCACAUGCCGUACGUUCCGGAGAUUAUUAUAUGUUUGUUGAACAGGAAGAAGUUGAAGAUCAGCUCUUAGAAGAUGAAUAUGAUUUUCUGGAGAAAGAGGAUGAGCUCACUCGCCAAACGAUUAAAGCAUCCAAAUCACAAAAGCAACUAGUCUCAAAGCGAAUUGGAGAAAACAGCUCGGAUUCUGAGAUUGACUUCGAUACGCAUCCAAUAGUUAAACUUACAAGUGAAUUAAUAAUGCUUGUGACACUUAGGCUGAACCGGCUAUCCCGUAACUAUCGGUUUGUACACAAAGUACUGUCUGCAGAGAAAAAGACUUUACAGGAUAUAAGUACCAUGAAUCGACUAGGACUCGUUAAUACUGCUGCGAUGUUUAGUUUUUUAAAUCAAUCUCUCUACUACAAACAAUUGGAUGCCAUUAGUGAUAGAUCAAAACUACCGUCGGUUAGUCUGGUGUCAAGAAACGAAGACUUUAGCACUCUCGAUCAUAGUGAGUUUGUACAAAUGCUGUUUGCUUUUUGGCAUGCGAUUAUUGCCAAUACGGAAGCUGUCAGCUACUUGGCUGUAUUCGUCAAUCAGGCUGCAAACUCCUCUUUAAUUUCAUUACCAUUGCCAUUUCUCGUCCUUUACUGGGGUGCUCUAACAUUACCUCGGCCAACAAAAUCAUUUUGGGUAACUCUUAUUACUUACACAUUGGCGAUGAUUUUCUUGAAAUGCAUAUUGCAUCAAAAAAUUGUACUUGACCUUAAGCUUACAAAACUAGCAAAGACAACGGACUUUGAGUUUUUCGUAAAACAUGGCAAGGCUGUAUACGAUCUUCUGCUACUGGUUGUCCUUUUCUGGCAUCGAUACAUGCUAAAAAAGCAGGGAAUUUGGAACUUACCACGAUCCGAAAAUGAUGCGGUUUCAUCAAACAAAUCAUAUCGCAAAGCACACAACAAGGACCGACCAAGUGAAAUCGUUCGGCGGCUAAGGGAAGAGUCUGGUAGUGAUCGUAGGGAUAUACAUGGAUUUAAACGAGACAUGGACGAUUUCCUACGACCUGGCGUGGAAAAUAAAUAUGUGUAUAAUAACAUUGAAUCAGAGUACUAUCGCCAAACUAUGCAACAUUUAGAGCACAAGGGCGAACCUUUAUCUGAAAUAAAGAAAUUUUUUCUUGCUUUAUUUCACAAGGCUCGCCUAUCAACUGAUGUUUAUACAUUAUUGUUCUUAUGCGAUUUUAUAAAUUUCUUUGUCUUGUUAUUUGGAUUUCCUAAGUUUGUGAAUCGUCAUAAGCACAGCGCAAGCGUUCUACAAACCUAUAUUCAAGGAAAUAAGGUGCCCUUCAGUUUUUUUUUCAUGCUCGUAGUACAAUUUGGCACUAUUGUGGCAGAGCGUGUAAUAUACUUACGAAAAGCGUUAAGAGUCAAGAUUGUGUUUCAUUUCAUUACUGUUCUUGGAAUACACAUAUGGAUGUUCUUUUUAGUGCCAUAUGUAACAUCGAUCAGUUUUGGAGCCACCGCACCAAUUACAUUUUACCUCAUCAAAUGCCUGCAUAUGUUACUGUCAGCCUACCAGAUGCGUUGUGGUUACCCAAGGCGUAUUUUGGGGAAUGUGUUUACGAAAAGUUUUUCUAUGGUUAACUAUGUGGCAUUUAAAGUAUAUAUGGAAAUUCCAUUUCUCUAUAUUCUUCGAACAAUGCUCGACUGGCUGUGUAUCGAUACGACGCUUACAGUUAUGGAAUGGAUUAAAAUGGAAGAUAUUUAUCAAUCGGUUUUUACUGUGCGUUGCUACAGGCAAAUGGAUUCAGAUUUCCCGGUUUUACGGGGAGAACCUAAGGAAUUUUAUACAAAAUGUUUAAUAGGUGGAACUAUUAUAUUAAUAUUGGUAGCACUUAUAUGGAGCCCACUGUUCCUCUUUGCACUUAUAGGAACAGUGGGAAAAUCAAACGUUCCUCGCAGAGCUGAUAUAUCUAUUAAAAUAGGGAAUUAUGAACCACUGUAUAUUUCCCAAAGUUACUCGGGUAUACACCAGUUCUCGGAGGACGAAUAUAAACAUCUAGUUAAAAGCUUCAGCUACGAUACAAUUGCUAGCGAUCAUAUUACUAUUUAUGAUCCCGAGGAUGUUACAGCUGUGAAAUUUGACUCAAACUCUGUGACAUUGUGGAAUAUGUCACCACCAAAUCUUAUGAGCUUGUUAAAUGAUUUGAAGACGGGUAAGCCAAUGGAAAUCCGUAUGAGGAUGUCUUUAAAUUCCGGUGCCAUGAUGAAUACAAUAAUGUACGAAACUACUUAUAAGCUAACUCAGAAUAUUGAAUUAACUCGUGAAAUGCUCAUUAGAACGUUGUCUGAUGAGAAUAGUAAUGUAAAUGUCGUUGUGCCAGACAUAUUACCCAAGUUUAUUACGAUUCAAAAAAUGGAGGUGUUCGUCAAAUUUAUCAGAGAUUUCGAUGGUAAUUAUCGUCGGCCAAUAAUAUUAAAAAAAAAACAAGAUGAAGGAAAGGUUUGGUGGGAAAUGCAUGACUAUUGUGAUGACAAAUAUUAUAAGAAUAUUAUUAGCAAUCUACCGUUGAGUGACUGCGAUGAUGGCAUUGUUUUUUAUAUUUUUAAUGAUAAAUCAUUUCCAACAACGAUGAGUUUCCUAGAAAAAACUGGGAUAAUUGGUCUAUACACGACAUGUGUUUAUGUAGUGUCCCGUCUUAUACGGUCUAUAAUAGCCAACAACCAUCGGCGAAUAAUGUUCGAGGAUUUGCCGUAUGUGGACCGAAUAUUAAAGCUAUGCAACGAUAUCUACUUGGUUCGGGAGAACAAAGAAUACCGUUUGGAAGAAGAUUUGUAUGGUAAGCUAUUAUUUCUUUACAGAUCACCGGAAACGCUCAUUAAAUGGACGCGAUACAAAGAAGAAUUUAUAGACGAACCAGUGUCGACAACAAAUGCUGAAAAAACACAGCCUGAUAAAAAUGAACAAGAUGCUCGACCACCACCUUAAUCAACGAUAUAAACAUAUUUUAAAUGUUUCCGGUUUUAUGCCCUCGCUACGUUUUUUGAAUGAUUUAUACAUUUUUAAACUGGAUACAUGCAUACCACAUUAUAUUUUACAACGUUCUCGCUUAAGCAAAUCAAUUUUAAAAUGUAGUCAAAUGUUAAAGCUAUUAUGAAAGUA